CCCACUUAAAAACUUAGCUUUUGGGUUUACCAACUGACUUUGAAUUUUUUAUGGAAUGUGUGCGGAUUACACAUAUUAUAAUGAAAAAAUAAAAACUGCAUUUAAGAUUUAUGAUGAAUUAUAUCAGCUACAUUUAAAUGGAACUUCAAAUCUCAAUAUGGAAAAUGAUGAAUUCAACUUCCAAAGAACUGUAAAAUGUGAGAAAAAUGUUACACAACCGGCCCUUAAGGAGUUGUUUGAAACCCUUUGGGACAGAAACUACCCUGAAGCUCCAUGGGCAAAAAAUGCAGAAAGUGUCAAUCUCUUUGAACAAAAAGAAGAUGAGCACUUUCAAAAAAGCUUAGAAGGGUUACCAAACAGCAAAAAGCGAAAAAAAAUUAACAAAAGAAAUCAACUGCAAAGCACUUUCAGAGACAACAAUUGGAAAAACUACAAAUGGGACAUCAGCAAGUUUGCAUAUGCUUUAGUAGACUCCAAACUCUUUGAUUUAGAUGAAACUGAUGAGGCAGGUGUGCCAGUUAGCGAGCAUAUUGUCAAGAUAAAAGAUAUUCGUAAUGAAAUUGCUCAUUUUACAACAACUUACUGUGACACCAUUUAUUUUGAAAAGACAUUCAAGUCAACAGAAGACCACAUCAAAGCAUUAGAACUAGUAAAACUAAAUGUAUCUCAAUACAUUGAAGAAUUACAGAGAAUAAAAUCACAAGAAAAACCUGUCUCUGCUCGAGAAUUGUUAGAGAUCCGAUCACAGUUUGAACAUUUGAAAAUGUCACAAAAGGUCUAUGAAGAAAGAGAGAAGAGCUUCGCACUGCUAGAAAAAUUGAAUGCAGAGAGGGAAAAACACUCUGAAGAAAUGCAGAGAGUUCAGUGUACACUUGAAAAACUUCAGCUUGAAAAUGAUUUACUGAAACAAACUUAUGAACAACCCCGAUCAGAAAAUAUGGCACUAAAACUAAUUGAUGUAUUACAGAAACACAGACUUUCCGAAAAACUGAACAUACCAAGAUUAAGAAAUGGAAUGAUAAUAAUAUUUCAAUCUGAAUCUCAGUUUCCGAAACAAAGAUAUUCAGCUUGAGAGAAAGAAAUGUACACAACUAAAAUGUGCACAACUGAAGGUACAUAACUAGUGUCAACUGAACAUAAAAAAAUAGAAUUCAACUGAAAAUGCAGACACAGAUCAUGAAAAAUGGGAAAUGACAAAACCAUCAUUUUUUUUUCUAAAAGAAUUUUACAAAUGGUGACUGUCUGCUGAACACAGAUGAGAACAAGAAAGCUAUGAGAACCCUAAAUUGCUCACCGCUCUUUCACAGCUUACAGAGGUAAAUUAAUCCAAGAAAUAUUUCUUUCAAAUAACUUUGAAAUUGUGCUUGCAAUUUGUGACAAGAUUUUUUUUAUUUUCAAUGAUGAUUUUGAUGAUUCAGAACAGCUUCUGGAAAGGCUUUGUGUGUGUGUGUGUUCGGGUUUAACGUCUUUCUCAACAAUUUUUCAGUCAUAUAAACGACGGUGUCUACUUGUAGCAGUGAGCACAAUGCCCAACUUUAUAGUGCUGCCUCACUGGAAUAUCAAGCCGCAGACACGUGGCAUGAUACCCCACCCAGUCACAUUAUACUGACACCGGGCUGACCAGUCCUAGCACUAUCCCCUUAAUGCUGAGCCCCAAGCGAGGAAGCUGCUAGUACCAUUUUUUACGUCUUUGGUAUGACGUGGCCGGGGAUCGAACCCACGACCUCCUGCACUCGAAGCGGACGCUCUACCACUAGGCUACCGAGGCGGUUAAGGAAAGGCUGGGUAGACAGUCACUCAAAGAAUAUUUUUGUUAAAUUAUAAUUUUUAAAAUCUGACCAGCCAUUAGAGAAAUAUCCUUCAAACAAUUGUUGUUCUUUUUUAGCUCGGGAUGAAAUGAUUUUAUGAGUCAAAAUCAUUUGAACACUCUAGGUAAAGGGUUACCCAGAGACAUUUUCUGUGGAAUUAUUUAAAAACUGAAUCAGUGGCUAGAAAUUCUGCUCUUGUGCCCACAAUUUUAACAAAUCAGUAUGAUUUUAUCACACUUGGUAGGGAGUAACACAAGAAACAUUAUAUUUUUUAAUUUUUUAUAUAACAUACUUUAAAACCAAGCUAAACUAAAAAUAUCGUGUAUGCAACUAUUAUCAUUAAGUUUUCUUACCAGCUGGUUAAUAUUUUGGCCUUUACAGUCAUUUCUCAGUGUGGUACAUAAUGUUUAGUAAAGUCUUAUGAAAUUCGUCUAAAGUGUCAGAUGAGCUGAAAUAGGAAUGACAGUAUUACUUCAUAUUCAGUUUAUUCCAUCAUAUUAUUAUAAACUUUGUUAAUUUGGCAGUUGAGUCCAAUGAGUCCAGUGGUGUUCAAAGAUAAUCUGUCACAGAUCUAUUUGUAAAGCAAAUUAUGCCUUGUUGCUAUCAACUAGUUUUAUAACCCCGAAGAAACAUGUAAAGUUUCAAUUCAAUAUCUGCAUUAGUUUUGGGGAUAGUAACUUGCAUGUAAAACUUUAACCAGAAUUUUCUAAGUCCAAAAGGGGGCGUAAUUUGCUCAAAAUACAUGUUAAGGGUUAUGGAACUUGACCCAGUGAGGUUGGUAAUUGACCUAGAAAAAGGAUAAAUAAGUUUCAAAGCUAUAUGCCUUUUGGUAAUAGCUGUAUGUACUUGCACGCAAAACUUUAACCAGGAUUUUCUAAGUCCAAAAGGGGGCAUAAUUUGCCCAAAAUACAUGUCAGAGUUAUGGGACUUGGUGCUAUCAACUAGUUUUAUAACCCCGAAGACACAUGUAAAGUUUCAAUUUAAUAUCUGUAGUAGUUUUGGAGAUAGUUACUUGCAUGUAAAACUUUAACCAGGAUUUUCUAAGUCCAAAAGGGGGCAUAAUUUGCCCAAAAUACAUGUCAGAGUUUUGGAACUUGACCAAUUGAGGUAGGUAUUUGAUCUAGAAAAAGAAAGUUUCAAAUCUGUAUGCCUUUUAGUAAUAACUGUAUGUACUUGCAUGCAAAACUUUAACCAGAAUUUUCUAAGUCCAAAAGGGGGCAUAAUUUGCCCAAAAUACAUGUCAGAGUUAUGGGACUUGACCCAAUGAGGUAAGUAAUUGAUCUAGAAAAAGAAAAAAUAAGUUUCAAAUCUAUAUGCCUUUUAGUAAUAGCUGUAUGUACUUGCACGCAAAACUUUAACCAGAAUUUUUUAAGUCCAAAAGGGGGCAUAAUUUGGCCAAAAUGAAGGUCAGAGUUAUGGGACUUGGUGCUAUCAACUAGUUUUAUAACCCCGAAGACACAUGUGAAGUUUCAAUUCAAUAUCUGCAUUAGUUUUGGAGAUAGUUACUUGCAUGUAAAACUUUAACCAGAAAAGGGGCAUAAUUUGCUCAAAAUACAUGUUAGAGUUAUGGAACUUGACCCAGUGAGGUUGGUAAUUGACCUAGAAAAAGAAUAAAUAAGUUUCAAAGCUAUAUGCCUUUAAAUGAUAGCUGUAUGUACUUGCAUGCAAAAACUUAACCAAGGUGUGACGCCGACGCCGACGCCAGGGUGAGUAGAAUAGCUAGACUAUUCUUCGAAUAGUCAAGCUAAAAAGAGAAAAUUUUUAGGUAUUAGGAAAUCAAUGCUAUAUUUCUUAGGAAAGCUUUGAAACUUAAUUACUAACAAACUAUAUGUUAUAGAAACACAUGAGAAUUAGUUAUUUUUACUAAGUUUUACAAUGACAAUAUCAUUUGUAACACUUUACUCAAGGUAAACUGCCUUAAUCAUAAAUAUCUUUAUUCAAUGAUCAUUAACCUUUAGCAUGCUAGAUAAAUUGUCGUCUGCUGGAAAUGUCGUCUGCUAAAAUUGUAAAGUUCAUUCAAUUUGCUCCAAAAUUGGAAGAAAUAUUGUCAGAGUAGCAAACAGCCUGGAACAUGAUCAGACGCCGAUUUAAUCGGCGACUGAUCUGGUUCCAAGCCGUUUGCAAAGGCUGUUAAAUUCGCCUGCAGCAGGCUAAGGGUUAAUUACAUAUUCCUCUGUGAUGUAUUGGUAAAGACAGGGGCAGAGUUUUUAUUUCAGUGGCAGCCCUUGGCCAAGUUUGAUAACCACCCAAAUUGCCCCAGGCACUCUUGGAUUAUAGCCCUUGAAUUAGGCCAAGUUCGAUGACGGGCGUAUUUUUUGACAGUUUGGCACUGUUGUUUGUUUUCAUUUUAUAAUAAUACGUGUUAUAAUGUGAUGAGGCUUUCAUAGUUACAGAGGUUACUAAACUAAAGCUGUCACAGGAGUAAAGAAUUAUACCCCCACAAUAUGGCCUUGUCACAGAAGUAAGCCCAUGUCAAAGCCGAACCUCAAGAUCAGUAGGGGUCAUCUGCUGGUCAUGAUCAAUCUCUCUAUUAAGUUUAGUGAUCCUAGGCCCAAGCAUUCUCAAGCAGAGCUUCGUAAAUUUGCCGGUUUGUCGGUUUUGGACCGAUUUUUGACUUCUCAGACCGAUUCGUGAAAUGAAAAAACGAAAAAAAUCGGUCCCGUAAAAAUGGAGAAAAGUAUAAAUUUCGGUCUGAUAUCUCAAUACACGAUCACCUGCCAAGUAGGAAAUUGUUGGUCGCACCUUCAGAUAAUCAAUAAACGUGUCAAUCGGUCUGAUUGUCACUUUGAUAAUCGGUCCGUAAUUGGCGCGUGACGCAAUCAGUGCUCGCGCGGCACAUCCUUUAAUGUUUGCAGACAGCCGAUUGCGGUGUAUUAAACAUUUUUGACUGGCUUCCUAACGUUUCUGACUGGACCCAAAUCAUUUCGACGGGGAUCCACUUCUUUUAUUUAGAAUCCGACGGAUGGUUUAUUUCAAAAGGCUAUGUUUGAUCAUGGUAACAAACAAAUGGUCGCUGCAUUUAAUCAAAUGGCUAUAAUUGUACAUUAUAGGUCUUUGAUUUAAUGAGACAUCACACGGAAAACCGAUAAAAAUAAUUUUUAUAAAUACUUGAUUUGAAAAAUUACAUGAUUCAUUUGUUGGGGCUCCAGUUGAAACAAAUGCAGAAAAUCGUCUUUGCAACCCGACUGUACAAAAAAGAAAAAAAUGGAUGGGCAACCAGGAAUGAUAAAGAAAACCGGAGUGGCACUGUUUAUCAAAUCGGUCUUUUAAAAAACGUUUCAAAAUGAAAUUUUGUUUACAUCAGAAGAGAACAUAUA